AUGACUACCUUUCGUUUCUGCCGUGAUUGCAACAAUAUGUUAUAUCCUCGUGAAGAUAAAGAAAGCAUGCGUCUACUUUUCGAAUGCCGUACUUGUUCAUAUGUAGAAGAAGCAGGUUCUUCCUUAGUCUACCGUCAUGAAUUGAUUACAAAUAUUGGUGAAACUGCAGGUGUUGUUCAAGAUAUUGGUUCAGACCCUACUCUACCGCGUUCAGACCGUGAAUGUCCAAAUUGUCAUGCAAAAGAAAACGUCUUCUUCCAAUCACAACAACGUAGAAAAGAUACGUCAAUGGUUUUAUUUUUUGUCUGCUUAGGUUGUUCUCAUAUCUUUACAUCUGAUCAAAAAAAUACGAGAAAGCAAUUCUCUUGA